AUGUGCUCUUCCGCUCCCGAUCGAACUGUACAUUUCUCCGUUCGUUGUUGCCCAACCUUUUUUUCGCGACCAAUCCCUGCAUAUAUUUUGUCAACAUGUCCAACAUCCGAGCCACUAAAUCCGGUUUCGCUGCCGAAGCCCAGGCCAAGAUCAAUAGCAAAUACAGCGAGGAGCACGCUCAGGAAGUACUCGAAUGGAUCCGUGAGCUGACCGGUGAACCUGACAACACCUCCGGAGAUCCCGAUAACAUUUACCAACACUUGCGUGAUGGAACUCUCCUCUGCAAAUUGGCCAAUGUUAUGCAGCCGGGCAUCAUCAAGCGCGUUCAAGAGAGCAAAAUGGCCUUCAAGUGUAUGGAAAACAUUAACUCGUUCUUGGAAGCGGCCAAGACAUUCGGCGUGCCAUCGCAGGAGCUCUUCCAAACCGUCGACCUGUGGGAGAGGCAAAAUCUCAACUCUGUCGUCAUCUGCCUCCAGGCUCUCGGUCGUAAGGCAUCCAAGUAUGGCCAGCCUUCCAUUGGACCCAAGGAAGCUGAAAAGAAUGAACGCCAGUUCUCUGAGGAGCAGUUGAGAGCCGGAGACACUGUCAUCUCCCUCCAGUACGGAUCCAACAAGGGAGCCAACCAGAGUGGACUUAAUUUCGGCAAUACCCGACACAUGUAAGAAUCCGUGUUGCUAUUUCCCUGACCGCAAUAGAUGAAGAAAGCCAUGGUGCCUGCUGAUAUCAACAACGGGGAAAAGAAUAGCCAACGAAAUCCAGCAUCACUGUCCAAACAAAAACAAGAAAAUUAAUAAAUAAAAAUAAAAAAAUAAUAAUAAAAAAACAAAAAAACAAAAACGAAAAAAAACCAAAAAAAAACAUUUAUAUCGGAUGAAACUAAAUCAGUUGAAAUUCCGUAAAAUUGCGCACACCCUAUUCGCUAUUAGCCUCUGUUUUGACGCCAAAAUUGUUUUAUUAUUUUUUAAUUUUUUAAUUUUUUAAGAUGAAAGUAAACGAAAAGCACGAAUGUAUUGUUGUUAUGACGUUGUCGCUGGACAUUCCAACAGCAUUCCAAGGAAAAUGUUCUUUAACACGUCUCCUUCCCCAAUAAUAUAUUGUGGCAAUGAUUGUACCCGAAAUUAUACAGAGCUUCCCUGUA